AUGGAGGAAUCUAAGUCGAUGUCGAUGUGCACCCCGAAGUUGGUGCAAGUCACCCACGUGUUUGACAUCUUCGGUUACAGCAAGCACAGGGGCAUGGGCAACGAGGAGUUCAUCAGGUCCGGUACUUUCUCCGUCGGCGGCCACGACUGGUCCAUCCGCUUCUACCCGGAUGGGUUCAGCAAAGACAAACUCGAGAACGAUUUCAUCUCAGUUUAUCUCGAGUUCAUGAGCAAGGGAGCCAAGGUGCGGGGGUCCUGCGACCUGAGAUUGGUCGACCAGAUCACCGGAUUGUCGGCUUCCAUGCACAAGACAGGGCUGAGGACUUUCGAUCCAGCUGAUCACCUCGGUAGGUUUGCUCCACAUAUUAGGUAUUUCAAAAAGAGAGGGGAUGUUGAGUCUGCGUUCGUCGCGAACGAUCGCCUCACGAUCGAAUGCAUCGUCACUGUCAUCAAAGAGCCACAGGUAACAGAAACCAAAGCAUUCCGCAAAAUCGAGGUGCCACCUUCCGAUAUCACCAAGCAUUUUGGCAAGCUUUUGGAAGACGAGGAGGGAUUUGAUGUCACUUUCUGUGUUCGAAGAAAGACUAUCGGAGCUCACAGGUUCAUACUCGCCGCGCGAUCACCUGUCUUCAAGGCACAACUCUUUGGGCCGAUGAGGAAGGGGAGGAUGCCACAGCGUGUUACCAUCAAAGACAUGCAGCCUGCCGUUUUCAGUGCCCUGCUUUAUUUCAUAUAUACCGACUCUUUGCCUGACAAGGAUCUUGAUGGAGAUGAUACGAACACUGAGAUGAUCCGGCAUUUACUAGUGGCGGCAGAUAGAUAUGCAAUGGAGAGGCUCAAGCUGGUUUGCCAAAGUAUCCUUUGUGAGAAUCUGAGUGUGGACUCCGUCGCAACCACAUUGGCUUUGGCUGACCAGCAUAGUUGCGACAAGCUUAAGGAUGCCUGCCUUGAAUACAUCGCUUGUUCGAAUGCCAUGGAUGAUGUGGUGGAAACCCAAGGCUAUAAGAAUCUCAAAGUGACUGACCCGUCUCUCAUAGUGGAUCUGUUGGAGAGGACAAAAAAGGUUCGCAAUGCAUGA